CUUACUCCAGACUCAUAAAAGAUAACUUGUAAGAGAAAACAUGCUGCUAAUCAAGUAAUUGGCGUUACGUUUUUAAGCGGGACAAGAGAGAGCAGUUUAGACAUUUAAAAAGAUGAUCUUGGUCGAGGUUUAAGCUAAUGUAGCGCAUUACUGGUGCUUUUUGUGAACGUUUUAGAGUAGCCAUGCUUCAGGCGGUAGCGUGGUAAUGGAUAGUAGUGUUUAUGUUCGAGAAAGAGGCAGCCUUCGUCGAAUGACGUUAUCCUGGCACAACCAAAGCAUUAUCCUGGCACAGCCAAAACCAGCAACAUCAUGCAGAAGAACGAAUCCUCUCGUGCUGAGAAAAGAGCAUUUUAUUUUCACCUACAAUGAAGAAGGAAGUCUGCGAUACACCACUAAAUCUCUCUUUGACAUCACUCUGCUGUUUGUGGCCAACAACAUUCAGCACGUGGACUCUUUGGUAGGCUUCCCAGAGCAAAUAGGUGAUAAACUGUUUGCAGCAGCAGAGGAGAAUCGUGUAUUUUUGAACCCAGACGUGUCCCCAAAAGCCCUGAAGCUUUUCACUGAUGCAUAUGGGGAGAAUGUGCUUGGGUCGCUCUGUUUAAGAAACAGGUUUCCACUCCUGCAUGAGCGAAUAGACGAGAUAAAGAUGUUCCACAGCUUGAAGUCUCUGGACUUGUUUGGCUGCAGACUGGGAGAUUAUCAUGAAAUAUUCCAGCAUCUAACAUCCACACCACUAGCAAACAGCCUGAUCCAGCUGUUUCUUGGUGGUAACCAUCUGUCUGACGUUGCCCUGCAAAGACUGACCUUGCCCUUACGGAUGAUGCAGAAGAAACUGGACUGUCUCCAGCUCCUGGAUAUUUCCUACAAUCCCAUUUCAGAGCGGGCUCUCCGGUAUCUCAAAUGCUUCCCAAAGCUUUUAAAGCUUGAUGCAUCCGCAACCAAUAUGAAGCUUGACGCAGGAUUGAGGACGACUGUGUGGAACCUGUUGGGGCUCAUUCAUUCUGACCGACCCCUGGAGACAUUUGAUCACUCUGGAUGUAAAACUGAAGGUUGGGCAGAGCAGGUUGUAAAUCAGUGGGAAACAAGUGGCUUACAAGUGCCAAAGCAGAAGAGAGUUGAAGAAUUGCGGGCAUCUGCACUUGGUUUUUUUGGCAGACAGAGGUUCAUCAGAGAUGCGAUGAACACAGCGCCACUGACCGGUGAACAAUUGACAGAGUCCAACGCAGAGAAACUCCAUUUCUGCAAACCUGUAACAAACGAUUUCACGAAGGAGACGCCGGUUCCUUCUGCAAGAAACCACCAAGUCCCGUCUUCCUGUUGUAAUGUCAACAAAAGGAAGGGAAAGUCAAGCAAGGAUGGCACAUCACAUCACAGUCCCCCUAGCAAGCGUUCAAUCUCAUCGGGUUUUACAGAGGAGGACUUAGACUUGUUGAGCAGCUAUUAAAAAUGUGGCCAUACCCAAGCACUAUGAGGGUGACAGAACGAUGCGAGAGAAACCAGAAGUAUCCUGUUAUACUUUAACGUUCAGAAAUUCUAAAACUGUUUUUUGUUAAACAUGUUUAUUCUGUAAAUAAAUUGUUGCAUUUUGAA